GUGGAAGGAACUUCCGGUUCUUGCCUACCUCCCAGAGCCCUCGUGGAAUGUUCCCCCACCCCGCCUCACCGGGACCCACCAGCUCCAGUGCUGGGAACGGAUGUCAUCAUGAACCCUGGUGCCUCCUUGUCUGAUUUCAUGGCAGUGCUCUAUCCUCCACCCAUUCCUCGCCCCCAGGACCGGCCACCCUGGGGGCAGCACCUGCCACCUCCCAUCACCCCAGCAUUCCCUCCUGGCAGCAGCCUGCUGCUGCCAGCUUUCCCCACGACGCCUUUGGUGGCUAAUGGUGGCCGUGGACCCAGUGCCCCUGGGGCCUGCAACCUCACUAUUCAAGUCAGGUCACAAGGGAGGCCAGUGGAGGCCCCCCAGACUCAGACCUUUAUCAUAACUCAGGGCCCCCUCACCUGGAGCGCUCCAGGGGCCCUCAGCGGGACUGCUGCAUGUCCUGCACCCGUAUUCUUAGCACCCCCUGCGAUGGAGACCAUUGUGACUGCUCCAGCUGUUGGAGUUACUCAGGCUGGCAAGGGAGGCUGGACCCCAGGCUUUCCUCCUCAAGCUCCACCACCAGCUGCCCAGCUGGCCCCUAUCAUUCGCCCAGUGAACUCUGGGCCUUGGCCACAUGGCACUUCCAGGGAGGGCAGCCUGGCCACCAACCAGCCCUACGCCUCGCAGGGUGACUGCUCUAACCCCCAGAGCGUGUACAGUAACUUCCGACGUUGGCAGCGCCUCAAGCCACUGGCGCGGAGACACCUUCCCCAGAGUCCUGAUGCAGAAGCUCUGUCCUGCUUUCUCAUCCCAGUGCUUCGAUCCAUGGCCCGCCUGAAGCCCACCAUGACGCUGGAGGAGGCACUGUGCAGGGCCAUGCAGGAAUGGCAGCGCAUAAGCAACGUUGACCGGAUGAUCUACUACAAGAUAGCGGAAAAGUUCGUGGAAUUUGAGGCCGAGGAGGAGAUGCAGAUUCAGAAGGGGCAGUGGAUGCAGUGCGCGCAGGACCUGCCUCCUCCAGCCCCACCGAAGCUGGAUCCUCGGGGGCCCCCAGCCCCGAAAUGCAUGAGGCUUCAGGUGGUCCUGACCCCCCCACACCCACAUCAAUGUCCCCCAAACAAUGCCCUCACCAACGUGCGCUCGGUGCCACACAGCUCCCAGCAGCCCCCGGAGCCCAGGGCACCCAAGGAGAUUCCCCCCGAGGCUGUGAGGGAGUAUAUGGACAUCAUGGAUGCGCUGGUGGGGCCCGGCCACUCAGCCACAGGCGAGUCAGAUGCAGAAGGUGGAGAGGACGGAAAUGAGCUGAAGCAGGAAGAGGACGGCAUCUACUCGGACCCGGGCCUCUUGAGCUACAUUGACAAGCUGUGUUCCCAGGAGGACUUUGUCACCAAGGUGGAGGCAGUCAUUCACCCUCGAUUCCUGGCAGAAUUGCUUUCCCCAGACCCACAGCUGGAUCUCUUGGCCCUAGUGGAGGAGCUGGAGCAGGAGGAAGGGCUCACCCCGGAAGAACUGGUGCAGAAACGACUCCUGGCCUUGAAAGCGGACGAGGGUGUGCGGGCAGCCCCGAGUCACAGUGCACCCGGAACGCGCUCAAGUCCUUCUGAGCCCGACGCCGGCCAAGGUGCCCAGAGGCACGACCAAGACCCCCAUCUAGGGGGUCAAAGGCGCGCUGGCCCUCUACGGGGACCCAGGGAUGCGUCUGUUCUCAGAGAGGCCACUCCUGUUCGGGAGGCCCGAGGGCCCAGGGACGGCUCCAGUGACGACGACGAGGAACUCCCCAGCCUGGCCUUCCUCUUCGGCUCUCUGCAGAGCCUGCUGCCUGGCUGGGUGUCCCAGAGUCCUGCCCAUGCCUCAGGCCUGGCCUCCCCUGGAGGUUGGGGGGCCCAGAGUGCUCCCCACGCCCCCUCCCAUCAGAGAAGAGGCCUCAGCCCAGCUCCACCAGCCACUCCCAAGUCGAGGAAGCGGGCUCUGUGUGGACGCCCAGCCGCUGCUGAGAAGCUGCCCAUCCCCGGGGCUGGCCUCGGGGUGUCUGGGAGGCCAGGCUUGGCUCUGGGGCCUGCUCACCCCUCACAGCCGAGGAAAAGAAAGUGUGACCCGUGUGUCACAGAGAAGAGUAGGAAGUGGAAGAAGCACUGCAGCCAGUAG